AGAAAAGUAGAAUUGUUUGAGUUACUUUCAUUCCUUUUCAAAUUUCUAAAAGAGAAAUCAAAGAUGAAUCAAUCCCAAAAUAUAAGCCAUCAAGCUGGUCAAGCCGCGGGACAAGCUCAGGAGAAGGGAAGCAAUAUGAUGGACAAGGCAAGCAAUACUGCUCAAUCUGCAAAAGAAUCUUGCCAAGAGGCUGGUCAACAAAUGAAGGAAAAAGCACAAGAGGCCGCAGAUGCUGCAAGGAGCACAUAUGAUGCUAAAAAAUGAAUAUGUGUUAUGGAGAGCUCUCUUAAGAAGCUAUUUGCAAAUUUUGAUUUCUAUUUUUUAUUCUAAAGCUUUUAUGCUU